CCAAAGACCCCUCUUUGUUCCGGGCUCCGCUCCGCUCUCGGGCCGUUUCACCGCGGCGCCACACGAAGCGUCUUUUCGCGGAUAGGCGAGAGGAGCGAGGCGGCUCACGGUCCCGCACUGUCAUCCAGCGUUAGCUAGCCCACAGCUAACGAGGAUGUUGCUAGCGAUUUGCAUGACAACAGCGAAAACUAAUAUUAGCCCUCUCAAGCCAAUCAAGUUCAGAGGACCAUGUUUAGAAAGUGAGCAACAGCGAUGGAAGGGAAAGGCCCGUACCGCAUCUAUGAUCCAGGUGGGAGUGAGGUCAAGGCCAGAGAGGAGGCCGGAGGGGGAAGCAGCUAUCGACAGCUACUGGAGGAAAACAGCAUACUGAGGGAGCGGAUGAAGGGACUUAAGAGCUUAGGUGAUUUGCUGGAAGAGUCUCAGUCAGAGGCAUCAAGGCUUCGGCAGCGAGUGGAGGAACUUGUGAGAGAUAAUGAAGCCUUGAAGUCCUCCAGCUUCGCUGCCAGUCUGUGUAUGGGAGGGCCCGUCCAAACUGAGACACAAAGUAAACCCUGUUUACACGCCACUGCAGAGCAGAAGGAGGAGCAGACAAACUGUUUGGGGAAGACCUUGCAGCCUGAGAAGCCCAAUGAGGCCUUAUCAGAGUUUGAUGCAGUGAAUAUGGAGGGGAAGACUCCAGAUGCCUUGACAGCCGGGUCAGUGACAGGAGUAAUCCCCCCCCUGCCUCAGGACAACAUCGAGCUAGCAAGCCAGCUAAAGAGACUAGGGAGCUCCUUCAGCAUAUUCGCAGAGGAGUCCAACCCAAACCAGCUGUUAGCUCACCUCGGCCGCAUGGCUGUGGAGUUUCACCAUCUCUCCUCAAAGGUCCAAAAGAAUGAACAGAGGACCUCCCUCCUACAGACUCUCUGUGAGCAGCUCAGACAAGAAAACAAUGACCUUCGAAAGAAAAUGGAGGAGGACCAUCAUAUCAGGAAUCAAGACUUGGAACAGCUGAGACAGGAGAACCAGAAACUUAAGGAGCUCGUCACAGGAGGAGCAGCAGCAUCAUCAGCCGCAGGAGUAGCAGCAUCAUCAUCUGCUGUAACAUCUGAUACUGAAGCUCCAGAGGCCAAAGAGGAGCCGGUGAAGGAGGAAUCUUCUGCUGUGCGACCUAAGAUGGAGGCUGCCACACCACAGAAGAGUGGAAAAGCCACAGAGAAAACCCCGACUAAACCUUGUGAUGUUGAGGUAUACGAAAAGAAGAUCAAGCUUUUGGAGAAGCAGAGAAAGGAUGUACUGGAGGUGAACAAGCAGUGGGACAUUCAGUGGAACUCCAUGAAGUCACAGUUUGAGCAGAAGAUAACAGAUCUCAGACAACGCCUGGCGGAGUCCCAGAAAACUGUGCUUGAGCUGGAGGCUGAGCGAGAGCAGAGGCAGCGCGACUAUGACAAGAAGCUGUUGCUAGCCAAGUCCAAGAUAGAAAAUGUACAGGGGGAAAAGGAGUGUCUCAACUCUGAGACCAAUGAGCUGAAGCAGAAGAUUCGCUACCUGCAGGAUCAGCUGCUGCCCCUCAGCAAACAGAGAGAGUACCAGGAAAAGGAGAUCCAACGUCUCAAUAGGGCUUUAGAGGAGGCCUUAAACCUAAAAUCCCCCUCGUCCUCUCAACAACCACCUGGCCAGGCUAACUUCGCAGAUGCAGCCAAUAACCUGAGGAAACAGGAACUGCUCACUCAAAUAGCUGUACUAAAAGAGCAGGUGAAGAUCUUUGAAGAAGAUUUCAGAAAAGAGAGGAGUGACAGAGAGCGAAUGAAUGAGGAAAAAGAAGAUCUGAGGCGACAAGUUGAGAGACUGCAGGGUCAGAUUACCAAUUUGACCAAUCAGCUCCAUCAGGCACAGAAUGAGUGUCAGAGAGAACGCACAGAGAGAUGUAAACUGGAGAGACUGCAGAUGCAUCACAAACAGGGGCAGCAGCAGGAAAGACGUACCUCAGACCCCACGUCAGGCUCAGUGAACGGCCUGCUGAGCCCUCCCUACUGUGGUCCCUUUGUGCAGGUGGGACCGCAGGGCCUUGAGGGCUGGCCCAUACACUUCCCUCCCCGGAUUCCCAAUGCAGCAGGCGCAGCAGCCGCAGCCGCAGCAGCACCGCCCCCUGUACGAGACUUCCAGCCUGUUACCCCGGGUUUUCCAUGGCAGUCAUCAUUCCCACAGCCCCGAGGGGCCAGAGCAGUUGGAGAGAGUUCAAGACCACCACCAGAGAAUGCAGAUCAGUCAGCAGCAGCAGCAGCGGCAGCAGCAUCCACAGCAGCAGCAGCAGCCGCAGCAGCAGCUGCAGGAGGAGGGGGAUUUGGAAAAAGGGAGCGACAAAACAUCGACCCUGGAAAGCACUAAAGCAUCACCGUACCCACCUGAUUGAUCUGGGUAGUAGCAUGAAAUCAGUUUGUUUUUGAGUUGACAAGGUGUGAUUUGAUCUAUAAUUUUCCUACUGAACUGUAGAUAUUCUAUUGUAAUGUUGUUUAUACUUGCGUUUUAUAAGGCUAUUUGUGAAACACUUCGCUAUUCUGAAUGAAAUAUUAUUUUGAUCUUUCUGGGUUUUUUUCAGGAUCUGAAGUCAUUUGUUAAAUAGGUUUGAAUAAUUAUCAUUGCUCUUAUUUUUUUUUUUUUUCCAGAAAAUAUACCUAUGUGAUUGUCUCCCUGCAAAUCUGUAACAACUUGACACUUAGUUUGUUACUUGUGGGGUUACAGGAAGCCAUUCCCCAAUAAUACUACAUAUACUAAUUCCAACAAUGAAUGAUUAUAUAGGUACAUUGAAUCAUAGAAUUAACGACGUGAAUGUUGAUUGAUUUAUGAAGAUUUCUUCAGUACCAUCGAUGUAAUAGAACUGUCCCUUAUGUGUAACUGUUCAAAAGUGGUUGUUGAAAUACAAGAAUUUGGGGGAAAUUAAUUUUUAAUUAUCAUACCAAAAACAUGAUUGUGAUUCUUAAUAAUUUAUUUAUAACUCUGUUUUGAUAUUUGCAUUGACUAAGUGUAAAUCAUUGUCUUUAGUAAUGCUGUUCUUUCUAUGUUGUUAGUGUAAUCCCAAUAUAUUGUAGCUAUUGACAUUGUAUGUUUGUAUCAGACAAAAUACACAAUGCACAAUACAUACACAACCUUUUUUUCCCCAUGCCGAUGGACCUAAUCUCAUUAAACACAACACUUGUACUUUACCACAAUUGAUUUGAUCGCUCAUUCCGAUAGUCAUACUCAUCUCGCUGCAUCCUGUACUAUUGCCCACAGUUUAGCCCCAACACACAGUAUCUAACCCGUAGACGGCAGAGGUGGCCAUCCUUCUCAAAAACCUGAUACUACCUGAUUACAGAACGAGUGGUAGAGCUGAAACCUUCAGAUUCUGCUCAAGAAGCAGGAAGGCGGAGGCCCUAGAUCUAGUGUCACGGCAGAGGACGACCUUUGCUCAUGUCAAGAGCCCUGACAGCACACAGAUGUUUGCGUUACUAUUUUAAAGGGUAAAUGAAAUCUCAAACUGAAGACCCAUCCUUAGAGUAAUUAAUAACAGGUAGCCAAGCUUCAAAAUAUGUCCAGAUGAACUUGGAGGGGGAAAAAGGAUCAAUUUUAUCAAACUGGUUAUUAAGUUACAGGGAACAAACUCCUGAUGGGUGAGAGCUGACAUGAGACAUUAGCAGACCUGCACCUCGAAAGGUACGCUGUAAUUACUGGCAGUUGUAUUUUCUUGGUUUGUAGCCCCCUUUUGUUUUGCUGUUGGCAAAAGCACAUGUGAGACUUUUUGUAUUUGACUGGCUUAAUAAAUCUAUUCUAAGUGUC